CCACACCACCGGAGGAAACUUAAACCACCACCAGGUCACUCCCCUUCACUGCUGCUCUGCGCUCCGGGACAUCAGCGCUGCAGCCCAGCACGCUCCUGCUCCCACAGGUGCCAGGACCAGCCCCAGCCCACACGAGCUUUCUGUAUCGGUGACACCACCUAGAAGGGACCCAAGAUGUUGGUGCUACUGGCUGGUAUCUUUGUGGUUCACAUCGCCACUGUCAUCAUGCUCUUCGUCUCCACCAUUGCCAACGUUUGGAUGGUGGGUUCUUCCAACUUAGGAAACGUCUCAACAGGACUCUGGCUACUGUGCAACCAGACCUGCGAGCAGCUGCCAGUCAACAGUCGUGAUGAGGCUUCCCUCAAAGCCGUGCAAGCCUUUAUGAUCCUCUCGAUCAUUUUCUCCGUCAUCGGGCUCGUCAUGUUCAUUGUCCAGCUGUUCACCCUGGAGAAAGGCAAACGUUUCUACCUCACUGGAGCCAUCAUGCUGGUUUGCUGGAUGUGCAUUCUGAUCGGAGUCUCCAUUUACACAGCUCGGUUCACAGGCAAGGUGCCUGAGUCCACAAGUUCACACCAUGGCUACUGCUUCAUAUUGGCCUGGAUCUGCUUUUGCUUCAGUUUCAUCAUCGGCGUCCUCUACCUUGUUCUUAGGAAAAAAUAAGGCUGAUGGGAGUCUAGGGGAGAGGGUUGGCUACUGGGAAUGGGGAAGAAUUGCUCUGCUGAGAGAACUGUUGGGCCAAUAGAAAAAGAUGGAAACAGCCACCAUCAUCACCACUGCCGCCACCACAGAAAAAUCACUAACAAAGCUAGAAUCC